AUGGCUGCUUCUUUUGCCGAUCUUCCCACGCAAGCGCUGUGGCCUUCGCACAUGGCCCGCAUGGUUGACAAGCUGCCAAUGCAGCAGCUGAGUCAGCUCCACAGGGUUUGCAGGUCACUCAAUCAGGCAUGCAACAAGCUAUUCCAACAAAGAUCUCGAGAAAUUCAAGAGAUUUUCGUGGAGAUCGCCAGCCACCUUCGGUGGAUGUUGACCGGACUUCUGGAACAAUUGCAGGAAGACGAAGCGGAGAACAAGGCACAAGAAGUCUGGGAACUGAUGUUUUGGGUUCGGGACCAAGCCAAAGGUAUUCUGGAGCUCCUGGAAGUGACUCGAGACAAUUAUUUGGGCACCGAAGUGGUCGAUGGAGGCAUCUUGCAGAUUUACAUAGCAUGCAAGACAGAGCAGAGCUGGAAGCCGUCAGAGAUAUCCGAUUCUGCCGAAACUUUCAUGUGGAAGCUGCGUGUACCUUCACCCAUGCCACUCGACAAGUGGAGAAUCUCCUGGACCAUCACAGAGGACACAGGGGGUGCGGGUCCAGAAGACUCGGCGCUGCCGGAGUCGAUGCCCGGUGGAGCUGACUUGGCGGAGCUGCAAGAGCUUGAGCACGAGCUGCUUGAGGCAAGAGCUCGGCAGCCCGGGGACAGCCAGGAACUGGCACUCAUCUUGGCCAGACUCGGUCAGGCGAAAAUGCGUCAAGGUCAUCAUGCGGAAGCCAUUGAGCAUCUGAAAGAGUCUUUGCAACUGCAGCGGUCAUUGGAUAGUUCCACUGAACUGCCCUGGGUUCUGAGUAAGUUUAUCUUCUGUUGCAUCCCGUUGGCAUUGCUUUCCCAGCGCCGGUCAGCUUUCCCGUCCUUGAAUGCAGCCACUCUGCAUCAGCUUGGCCAAGCGAAAGCUCAGACUGGAGACCUGAAAGAGGCCCUGCGAUACCUGAAAGAGUCUUUGCGAAUGAAGCGGUCUUUGCACGGUGACGGUGACCACCCAGGAGUUGCAGCCACUUUGCAUGAGCUUGGCGAUGUGACCGCUCAGACUGGAGACCUGAAAGAGGCCCUGCAUUACCUCAAAGAGUCUCUGCGAAUGAAGCGGUCCUUGCACGGUGACGGUGACCACCCAGACAUUGCAGUCAUUUUGCAUGAGAUUGGCCGAGUGACCGCUCAGACUGGAGACCUGAAAGAGGCCCUGCGGUACCUGAAAGAGUCUUUGCGAAUGCAGCGGUCCUUGCACGGUGACGGUGACCACCCGGGAAUUGCAGCCACUUUGCAUGAGCUUGGCCGAGUGACCGCUCAGACUGGGGACCUGAAAGAGGCCCUGCGGUACCUGAAAGAGUCUUUGCGAAUGACGCGGUCCUUGCACGGUGACGGUGACCACCCAGGAAUUGCAGUCACUUUGCAUGAGCUUGGCCGAGUGACCGCUCAGACUGGAGACCUGAAAGAGGCCCUGCGGUACCUGAAAGAGUCUUUGCGAAUGACGCGGUCCUUGCACGGUGACGGUGACCACCCAGGAGUUGCAGCCACUUUGCAUGAGCUUGGCGAUGUGACCGCUCAGACUGGAGACAUGAAAGAGGCCCUGCGGUACCUGAAAGAGUCUUUGCGAAUGCAGUGGUCGUUGCACGGUGACGGUGACCACCCGGGAAUUGCAGCCACUUUGGCCGAGCUUGGCCGAGUCACAGCUCAGACUGGAGACCUGAAAGAGGCCUUACGGUACCUGAAAGAGUCUUUGCGAAUGAAGCGGUCCUUGCACGGUGACGGUGACCACCCAGAAGUGGCUGCAAUUUUGCAUGAGCUUGGCCAUGUGACCGCUCAGACUGGAGACCUGAAAGAGGUCCUGCGGUACCUGAAAGAGUUUUUGCGAAUGAAGCGGUCCUUGCACGGUGACGGUGACCACCCAGGAGUUGCAGCCACUUUGCAUGAUCUUGGCGAUGUGACCGCUCAGACUGGAGACAUGAAAGAGGAAUUUCAGCCACUUUGCAUGAGCUUGGCUAGGGUGAUGGCAGAAGCUGGAGAACUGAAGGAGGCACAGAAGUACCGACUUGAGCUUGAGCGAAUGCUCUUUUCCUUACGUGCAAAAGAUCGACAGUUUCAAUUCCAAGCUCAAAUCGUGCAUGGAAUCGACCAGAGCAAGCUUGCUAAGCUGCUUGGAGGCUGGGCCAAAGCCAGCUUUGGUGUAUGUGAGAUUCUGCGUGUGGAAGUGAACUCUGAAGAAAAGGUGGACAUCCGCGACGUCACCUCGGAGGCUGCGCCAAUGCGGUUCACCUUCGUGGCCGCGGCGAGGUCGGCUUCGUGCCAGUGCCUGGAUUGCCACUGGUGUCGGGUGGGUGGCGGAUGUUCCUGGUUCGGGAAACUUGUGGCCAUCAAUGGAGGCACUGUUGAUACCUGUCCCGAUCUCUCGAUUGAGUCGGGCAGUGGUGAAUCAAUCGUGGUGUCAGCACCCUACCAGCGGGACGUGGUGCAGCAUCUCUACAGCAUGGCAGAGCAGUCUCAAGUCGGGACACUCGAACGCACUGUUAUCGACACGAGUGCACGAAGGUCCAAGGAGUUUUCUCAAGUCAAAGUCACGGAUGCCGACAGGCCUUGGCCGUUGGAGCAGGUGUGCGAGGAGAUUCGCGCCAAGUUGGCUCCUGGGGCGACUCGAGUGCAUGCUGAUUUAUACAAGCUACUUCUUUACAACAAAGGAGAUUUCUUCAACAUGCACAAGGAUGCCCAGCAGCAUAGCCACAUGUUUGCCAGUCUACUCUUCUUUCUUCCAUUCGAGCAUGAAGGAGGCGGGUUGCAACUUUCUCGGCUGCAGACAUCAUGGGAGAAAUCAGCCAUGUUUGAUGUCGCAAAUAUCAACAAGGAUGGUUGCUGCUCAUGGGUUGCCUUCUACACCGACGUGUGUCACAAAGUGCUGGAUGUGAAGAGUGGUCACAGAUUGGUUCUCAACUACACGCUGCGAUUUGAGGGUUCGAUGAGCCCAUCCCCUUGCUUGCCCAAGCUCCCAACCAGAGCCAUUGACUUGGUAAAGCAGACGCUGAAAGGAAAUGCAGAUUUGGCCAUUCCACUCUUCUAUGCUUAUACUGCCGAAUCCUUUGGAACAAGCUUUCUGAAGGGACGUGAUGCCUACCUUUUCAAUGCAUUGCAUGCGUGUGGCCUAGCUGCCUCUGUGCGAUUUGUUCUAUGCAUUGACACGACCUCCGUUUGGUACUAUGAUGAUUGCCCAGAAGAACCAGACUGGCACACAAGCUUUGAUCGUGCAGUGCUUGUUGGUGAAGAGUUUGUACGUGAGGCCGUGCAACUUGAAGAAGAAAGGCAUCAGUCCCGUGGCUUCGAUAACGACGGGAGACAGUUGAUUGCAAAGGGAGAAGGUGACCCAUGCGACUGGCGAGGGGCGUGUCACGUCAAGCGGAAGUAUGGCGCAGCCGCCAUGGGCCGCCUGGCCGCGGCGGCGGCCGAAGUGGGCCCAGGCUGCGAUCGACCUCAAUUGGUGACCCCAAUGCGACGUCCGGAUCAUCGGAGAGGUAUCCUUUGCGACGUCCUGACGGAUGACUGGAGAGGUGGACGGACUCGGCGAGCACGGGAGGACAGCGCAGUGGGUGGGCGUUUGGGAACGAAGGACGGCUCCAAGGACGGCUCCACCGGGGAGAAAGCUGCUUCGGCUGCGAGGAGGUCACUCCAUCAGGCAUGUGACCAGCAGCUCUGGAAAAGAUUCCAACAAAUCCGAAAAGCAUUUCAUGACAUUGACAUCCGAGUGCAAGCGGUCUUGGAGCAACUUCCAGAAGACCUGCAGGAAGAGGUGGAGGAGGACUCGAUCGACAAGGCAAUGGAACUGUGGGAUUUCAUGAAGGAGGUUCGAGACAUGGCCAAAGGUAUCCUGAAGCUCUUGGAAGUCACUCAACACCAACUCUUGGGUGCUGAAGUCACCAAUGAGGAUUUGUUGGCCAUUUUGGCCGAGAUCGUUGUCAGAGCAGAGCACGAAGCCGUCAGGGAUGAGGCAAUCCUGGACACCCGAAAGCUUCAUAUAGAAGCUGCUUGUCUACGUUCCUCGUCCAUUGUCCUGCACCCGCCCAUGAAUCCUCCUUUUGAGACAGAAUCAGUGUAUUCCGUGACGGAUCAGACUCAGAGCGGGACUCGGCCCUCUCAGCCGCGGCAGUUCCCAGGGACAAUCACAGAGGACAGUGGGGGUCCGGGUGCAGGACCAGAAGACGUGCCGGAGUCGAUGCCCGGUGGAGCUGAUCUGGCGGAAUUGCAAAAGCUCGAGCAUCGACUGCUUGAAGCGACAGCUUGGCAGACCGGCGACAGCACGGAACUGGCCGUCAUCCUGCACAACCUCGGUCAGGUGAACGGAUGUCAAGGGCAUCACGCGGAAGCCAUGGAGUAUCUGAGAGAGUCUUUGCAAAUGAAGCGGUUUUUUUAA